GCGGGUAAAAAAAAGAUAAAAUUGUGCCAUAUGAACAAACAAAAAGCUACAAUUGCGAAUUGCGGAAGGACAAAACGAAAGAACAAGUUUACCUCGCCGCAAAUGGCGCCUUUCCAAAUUACAACGGCGCAGCUUCUACUGAAGAUUUGACUGACAAAAACGACUGUCAGAUCUGCCCACUACAUAGCUGUAGGGGGGGCUCAAGAUGAACGCACGUUUUCGCGAACGGUAAAAAUUUACCUGAACGGUUCAGGCGAAAUGGUAAAAGGUACAUUUUUUCGCUCUGGGAGGAAGUGGCUUUUGUAUCUCCAUUCGGCCGAGCCGUUUUGAAGCGCUUUUGCGGUUAUCUUUGCGGUCAUUUUUUCGGCCACCUUUGCGGCUAUUUUACCGCCAUUUUGAAGCCGCUUUGCCGGCACGUCUGCUGCGUAUCCUCUGUACGCUCGAUGGAGGCCCACAAACGCGCGUAAAAGCUACGUCGAAGGCAAACCAUACGCAGGUGGGGGAGAGCCAAUUUGUUUGCGGCCCCAGUUGACCGACCAUUCCGAUUGGCUGCCAUAAACCAGCAAGUACUCCACCCCCCCCACAUUCAUUUUUCCAACCGAACGAUGGUAAAGUCGUACGACAGAUACGAAUUCGAGGACUGCUUCGGCAUUGUCAACUCGAAGACGUCCAAUUGCGUUUUUCUGAACAGUAGCAGCAUUUUGUCAGGACAUGACGAAUGUGUAAGUCUAUGGAACAUCCACGAGAAGGAGAUAAAGAAGAAGCUCACAGUGCCCUUCACCGCGCCGUAUUAUUUCUUCUCCUACCACGUGACGCAGAUAUGUAUAAAUCCGAAGAACAAAAACAUGAUCGCGGUGGGAUACGUAAAUGGAUGCAUCAAAGUGUUUGACGUAGAAUUGAACAAAGUCUGCUCGACGUUUUCUGGUCAUACGGCAGCUAUAAGUAAAUUAAAAUUUAAUGAAGAUGGGAAUUACUUAUGCUCAUGUGGAAAGGAUACCAAUGUGAUUAUGUGGGAUGUGGUGAACGAUCAAGGGCUGUUUAAGUUGGAAGGCCACACGAACAUCGUUAACGACGUGGAGUUUUUGAAAAGGAAAAAUAACUUUGUAAAUAAUCUUGUAAAUAAUUUUGUGAAUAACAAUUUGCUGAUCAGUGCGUCGAAAGAUUGCCUCAUCAAAGUUUGGGAUUUAAACAUUCAGCUGUGUGUGCAGACUGUGGUCGAUUGUGAGGAGGAAGUUACUUCCAUUCUGAUUAACGAGACGAACACGAGGUUAAUCGCCGCUUGCAAUUCGGCCAUAAAGGUGUACAAAAUUGACAUCCUUGUUGGGGGGCACGACAAGUUCAGCAGCUCCUCCAGGGUCUACCUCAGCUGCCUCGCCUCCAUUAAGCGCGCAAGCAGCAGUAGGAUUCAAAAUAUGAAGAUGGUGUUUCUCAUCCAGAGCGAGACCCACCACGAUGGUCUCGAUGUGCAGGAGGAGCGUUUGCUCUACGAUGGGGUGGACGACAAGGAAGAGGAUGGCAGUGGCGGUAACGAUGGGGGUGACAACCCAGCGGAGAGUCUCCCCCACGAGGAGAAACCCAAUUCGGACGCGAACCAGACGGACAAACACAUUUUAAGCGUUAUAAAGAAAUCGCUGAACAGGGAAGUAAAAUUAUGCAACCGAAGCAGCUACUGCGCCGAGGGGGACAACAACGGGGUCCUCCUCUGCUGCACAAACGUAAAAAAAAUCGAGUUGUACAAAAUAAACUCUGUAAAGAAUCAGAAAAAAUCCGAAAAAAAUAAAAAAAAAAGAAUUUUAGAAAAACUGAAGAAGAAAAAAAAAGUCAUUUUGAAGGAAGCCAAAAGGAUAGAAAAAUUUAAAGGCACCCAAAGCGUAGAUUUUAUUAACUUAAUGGAGAAGGUGAAAAGUCUGGAGGAAGAAAUUGCCGUCCAUGGAAAGUAUCAUUUCCACACAGCCAAUGAUGAGGUGAAAUUUCUGUUUCAUUACAAUUGCAAGUUCAGGCUGCAGUACCUGGACGUGCACCGCAGGAGGAAGAGGGACUCCUGCGUCUACCUGCUCGCUGCGUACGUCACGAAUCGGUUGAGCGUGUUCCAGGUGAACCUCCUCGACGUUUUGACCAAAAGGGAUGAGUUCGUCGUGAGGGGGGCGGGCGGCCAGGAGGGGGGCGUCCCCGAGAGGGGUGACGAGGAAGAACGCCAUGGUGACGAGGAAGGAGGCGACGAAGGUGAUGAUGGUGACGAAGGCGAAGGUGAUGAUGACGAAGGCGACGGUGAAGAUAGCUCACACGACGAUCGCUCAGACGAUGACGAACGCGACGGGGACCCCCCCCCCAAGGGCGAAGCACAGGGCGACCGCGUUAUGCCCGCCAAAAUCGUGGAGAAAAAAAUAUAUGACUACUCCAAGUGCUUCAAGGAGACGUGCGAAAUAAACAAAGGGCACAACAGCACGGUUCAGUUUUUGAACCUUUCCGAGAAGAACGAGCUGCUGGUGUCCAUCUGCAGGAAGUACGUGAAGGUGUGGAACAUGAGGACCUUCCAAAACACCAUCACCAUUCACCUGGAGGGGUGCACGAACGCGCUGUUUUGCGAAGACGACGAGUACCUGCUGAUUAGCGAUGACGCUGGGUAUAUUUACCUCUACGAAUUGAGGAACAUUGAAGAGAGGCACUCGCAUAAGGCGCACGCGAGUGGGAUCAUCAGCAUGUGCAAGAAUGUGAGGCAGAACAGGUUUUUGUCCGUCGGGGAGGAGAGCUACCUGAAGGUGUUCGAGUUGUGCUGGCGGGAGGGGGGCGGCCAGGAGAGCGCCCAGGAGAGCGGCGAGGAGAGCGAUGGAAGAGACGAACGCGAUGGAAGAGGUGAACGCAACGGAAGAGGCGAUCUCGACGAAGGAGACGAACGCGACGGAAAACGACAGAGGAGCGCGAAGAAGCGGCGGAGAAGCGGCGAAGCAGAAGCCCCGCCUCCAGAAUUACCAUCGGAGGGGUACACAACCGGGGGAAAGGCAACCCAGCUGAGCUUCAACGAAGCGGACUGCUACAGCCUAAGCGACAAAGUGAGCUGCGCAAUUUACUCGCCCAACGGGAAGUACAUCUGCGUGGGAUAUAUGAAUAACUUGAUAGAGGUGCUCUACAGUGACACCCUGAAGCUGCACCUGACGCUGUACGGGCACAGUCUACCCAUCACGUGCAUGGAUAUAUCGAAAGACAACACGGUGCUGGCCUCCAGCUCAGCAGAUAAGUUCCUCUUCCUCUGGAAUGUAGAAUACGGAAGCAUCACGAAGAGGAUGCAUACGAACUGUGACGUACUCACCAAGUUGCUCUUCUUUAACAAAAGCAAUCAUCUGAUCAGUGUGUCCAGAGAUGGGUUCAUAAAGAUGUGGGACGCAAUCAAAUUCCAGUGCAUCUGUACGCUUGAUGGGAAUUUUGGAGUGCUCACUUCGCUAGCCAUAAAUGCAGAGGACAAUUAUUUCUUAACUUCAGGAACGCACAGAAGUAUAAGGUGCUGGUCGAAAAGAGAAGAUGAUUUUAUUUUUUUGGAAGAGGAAAGAGAUAAAGAAUUGAAUCUGCAAAUUGAAAAGGAAGCCAUCAGAAAUGAUUUAGCAUACCCAUCAUCUGUAGAAAAAAAUGCUCUUCUAACCAAGGCAACUAUUAAAACGAUCGAAACGAUCAAAUCCUCUGAGAAAUUAAUCGAAUACUUGGACAUAAUUGAUGAGGAAUUAACCCUAAUAGAUGUUUAUUAUAAAAAUUUAACUGAGUAUGAAGAAGCUAAAAGGAAAAAUGAGCUCCCAGAUUUUGUUCAGCCUCCAAAUAAGGUGAAACCGAGACCAGAGCUGCUAAAUAAGAACCCGUUUGAAUUUAUCAUUGAGGUUAUGUGCCACAUUAAAAAGAACAUUUUACAUGAAGUGCUAAUUUCUUUGCCCUUUUCCUAUGCAUACAAGCUGCUACACUAUAUCAAGACGUAUUUGAUGGCGUUUUAUUUCUUCCAGCGCAUUCAAAAUGAUUAUGGCAGGUUUAAAAUUUGUGGCGACUUGAGUUUCCACGUUGAGUACUCCAUCAACAUCGUGCUUUCCAUCGUGAACAUUUAUCGGAACCAGUUUUUGUUUGACGCCAAAUUCAGGUUCCUCCUCUACGAGCUGCACCAACUCAUCAUCCCGCACCUCAGGCGGUCCCUCGACCAGUGCGCCUUCAACCAGAGCACCCUCAGCUUCCUGCUGCACGCGCUGGACGAUGAGCUGGAUGAGGUGACAAAGCGGUGA